ACAGUUCACAGUAGUGAAUGAAUGGGCAAAUUUUCUGUCCAAUUCAUAACCUCUUUUUUUUGACAGUUCCCUUUCGACCCCAGUAGUUAGGAGUGUAUUUGUAUCGCGUAUGAAAUUUUGCAGACAUGGCAUCCGUUAAAGCCAUAACAGACGAAUCCCAUUUCCAAUCUGAACUGGCUAACGCUUCUACAAAACUUGUAGUUGUCGAUUUUACUGCAACAUGGUGCGGACCUUGCCUGAGAAUAGCCCCCAUAUUUAAUCAGCUUGCCGCCAAAUAUCCUAGAGCAGUAUUCUUGAAAGUUGAUGUUGAUCAGUGUCAGGAAACUGCGGCUGCUCAAGGUGUCUCUGCCAUGCCAACAUUUAUUUUUUAUCGUAAUAAGAUAAAAAUUGACCGCUUGCAAGGAUCAGAUCCAGUAGGACUGGAAAAUAAAAUUAAACAAUUUUAUGGUACUGAAGAAAGUGAAGAUAGCGAAGAAGCAGUAGUGGGUCACAUGGAUUUACUUCCUUUCAUUUCCAAAUCAGAAUGUGAAUGUCUCAACGAAAGUGAUGAUCAUCCUUUUGCCAACUGUUUGAGUUCCGGCGGAGGAUAUCUUGAGUCUGACUGUGAUGAACAGUUGAUCAUUUCCAUUUCUUUCAACCAGGCUGUUAAAAUACAUAGUUUGAAAAUAACUGCCCCAGUUGAUAAGGGUCCUAAGGCUAUUAGAAUUUUCAUCAAUCAACCGAGAACUUUGGAUUUUGAUCGGGCAGAUAGUUCAACUAGUGUUCAAGAUAUAGAGAUAACCCCAGAAGAUGUAGGUGGGUCAAUAGUUAAUUUGCGGUAUGUCAAAUUCCAGAAUGUACAGAACAUUCAAUUUUAUGUCAAGAGUAACCUGGGUGGUGGAGAUGUAACCCGAAUCAAUCAUCUGGUCCUCAUUGGUUCUCCGAUAAGUACUACCAACAUGGGCGAUUUCAAAAGAGUAACAGGGAAAAAAGGAGAAAGCCACUGAAGCAUUCAUAGAAAAUAGAUUUUAAUAUUUCAAUACAUUUCAUUACUCUGAAUAUACUAUUGCAUUAUUUCCUUUAA